AUGGCUCCCCGCGGUCGUGGAGGAAAGUUCUCUAAGCCUUCCCGAGGAGGAGGCAAGCACUUCAGCAGAGAUAUUCAACAGAUUGACAAAGAUGGAAACUCAGUUGGUCUAUGGCGCGACCCAGCCGACUUAGUCCCAUCGAGUGGUGAUGAAGACUCGUCCGAAGAGUCAGGCUCCGAAGAGAGUGGCGAUGAAGCUGGUCCUAGCGGCCAGGCGGCCUCCGCGGAGGUGACUCGCGAGGCUCGUCGUGCAGCUGCAAAGGCGAAGAAGCAAGCUGCGCAAGCCAAGCGGGGCCAAACACCCGCUCAGCCUGGUGAUUUGCCCCCAUCAGACUCUGAGGAGUCCGACACUGGCCUCCCCGCGAACCCCAACCACACUGCCAAAUCUCGGGAACAGUUGGUGAAGGUUGACGAGGAUGAGGAGGGCGCUAAGCCGAAGAAGGUCGUGAAAGACCCGUCGCAGCUCUCCCGGCGGGAACGGGAAGCUAUUCAGGCACAACAGGCGCGUGAGCGGUAUCUGAAGAUGCACGCGGAGGGUAAGACCGAUGAAGCGCGGGCUGAUCUCGCACGUCUAUCAAUCAUCCGUGAGCAGCGUGAGGCUGAACGGGCCCGGAAGCAGGCUGAAAAGGAGGAGAAGGACGAGCAAGCGAAGGAGAAGGCUGCGUUGAUCAAGGAGCGCGAGGACAAGAUGCGUGCUGCUGCUAUGGGAAAGCCCAUAAAGGGUAGAAAGAAGUGA